UAGAAAAUUCCAGAUGGAGUCGGACGUCCUCUUCUUUCUAUCCCAGAAGCCCAUAGAACCUCUCUCGCCGUUAGAUAUUUUCACGCAUCCGCUACUGUUUUCAUCAAUAGGACCCCACCAACACACCGCCUUCCUCCAUUUAUAACUAUCGCUUUCUAUUCUAUAUAUGCACCUUGUUUUUGCCGCAUACUUUGGCUUCGCAAUGUGAAAAUCACGGGAGAAGAAGAGGACCCAUUUGGAGAAUCUUGAAUAAUUUGGUGGCAACUGUUGGUUUUCGCGGAUCAUCAAUCAUUUUCGUUUUGUGGGUUUUGUUGUUUGAGGACUGGAGAUGGAGUGCAGCAGUUCGACGCCGUCGUAUUAUGCCGUUCUUGGUGUGAGCACAGACGCUUCUGAUGAAGAGAUCCGACGUGCUUAUCGUAAGCUGGCAAUGAGAUGGCAUCCAGAUAAGUGGACUAGAAGCCCUUCUCUUCUUGGGGAGGCUAAACAGAAAUUUCAGCAGGUUCAAGAAGCGUAUUCAGUGUUAUCUGAUUCGAGAAAGAGGAUGUUGUACGAUACAGGGCUAUAUGAUCGGGACGAUGAAGAAAAUGAUGUAGAGGGAUUUGCUGAUUUUCUUCAAGAAAUGAUGUCUCUCAUGAAUGAUGCCAAGAAAGAGGAGAAGAACUACAGCAUUGAGGAACUGCAGAGCAUGUUUUGGGAGAUGGCACAAGGUUUUGAGUUUAAUAAUCUCGCUCAGGAACCUCAGUACGAAGCACAGUGGUUCCUUGGCAGGCCGUUUGGCAUUUACGACUCUGUUGGGGGUGAUGUGUGGGGCACAGACAUGAUUCAGGCAAAUCCACGCUUUUAAAGAGGUCGACCGUUACAACAUAUGGAGAAAAUCAUCGUGCAGACCAGCAGCAAAUGGAGGCUUUUCGUUUUUCUCGCAUGUCUGAGAUCCUGCCUGUUGCAUCUGUUUUACUGCCAAACUGGCUGUUGUGUAACUAUUGUGGGGUUCUCCCAUGUUUUGGUUCUGGGACGUUGUGGGAGGUUGAACUUUACAUGCUCUUCUCUUGGCUACUCCAGAACUGUGUUAGUGUGUUGACAUCACAUGAAACAAAGAUGUUACGAGUGAAUAUUGACAUGAUCGCUGGUUUCUACUCUACUAUACAUGGGUAGACUGUUAUACUCUACUAUAUAUAGGCAGACUGUUAUACGAGUUUCAUGAUCUUCUAUCUCAUUUUGAUGUUA